AUGUCAGUUCCCAUCCGUGCUGAUGUAUUGGGUGGUAAAAAGAAGUCAUCGUCUAGAGGACACCAUAGAUUCGUGGGAGUUAGGCAAAGACCAUCAGGGAGGUGGGUGGCUGAGAUCAAAGACUCUUUGCAAAAAGUCAGGCUUUGGCUUGGAACUUUUGAUACCGCCGAGGAAGCAGCUCGAGCUUACGACGACGCUGCUCGGGCGUUGCGUGGGGCUAAUGCCCGUACCAACUUCGAACUAGCUGGUCCUCAGUUGGCUUCUAGCUCGUCUACCAACCGCUUUUCAUUUGAUAAACUUCAGCCUUUCUCGUUUGAAGAAGCCUGUGGGAAGGGAGGAAGUGAUGAUGGUGAUGGGUUUAUUGGUGCACUCAAGGCCAAGUUGCUUGAUGGUAAAGGGCUUAAAGUCCUUUCACUUGCUAAUCCUGCUGUGGUUCCUCCUCCUCAAAGAAUUGGAAACAUGAACCUCGUUCAGGGUCCUACCAGCAAGCCUGAUGGUGAAGUUGCAGUAGGUCAUAUUGAGGCACAAUGGCAUCAACCUGUUCAAAGCCAAACACCAUCUAUGACAAGCAAGAUUUGGUCCAAUGAACCUUCAUUUGAAGCUGCAACAUGGGGUGCACAGAUGAACCAAGUCCCUCCCAAUGGCUUGUUCGAUAUCUCUACUUUAACUGCUGCUACAUCAACAUGGCCACUACCAGGGACAGCUGUAUCGACGAUGGACUUGUCGUUUCCAAACCAGUGCCAAAUAGAGUUGCCGGUGAACAUGCCGAUUUCCCAAAUCAAUGGAACAACGACGGAAGGUGUUUGGUCAUCGGAACAGCAGUUUCUUCAAUGUGACAAUGACACAUUGAGUGGUCCUAUUGGCUCUUGGGGGGAUCCCUACUUGUAUGUUUCCUCUGUGCUUGAUUGA